CCAGGCCAAUCCAACCUUUCUAUCCUGCCACUCUGUUAACAACAUCUUCCACCUUAAACCGUCCCUCUAGAACAACAUACACACAUGCCAAAAACAUUGACAGAAAACAAUACCUCCAUUUUAACGGAGGUAAAAAUUCAGCGGUCAUAACGAUGAGAUAAUGAUGUGCAUUCUGACUUGUUUUGUUGUACAAUUGCCCUUGCCACACGUCAUUCGGCUAUGUUUUGCAUCCACACACCAGAGGGACAGGUUACAAAGUAAACACAAUAACACAAUGGUGUUGGCGGGGCAGUGCGUCACGGUACCUGGUGGUAUUCAAACAGAUAGGUUUCGUACCGAGAACCCACAGGUAACCAUAUGGCAGUUUUCCACACACACCGAGAGACUAUGUGAUCAUCGUCAACGUUUCCAGACGUCAGACCACCUCAACUGACAUCGCCAUGGGAUCUGGUUCGUCCUCAACAAAGCAGACAAACGUGCCGCCAGUUCACAAUCCUGCUCCACCUGUCUACACACCUGUACCUCAGUAUGCACAGCCCGUCCCCCAGCAGCAGGUGUACUACAUGCACCCGUGGCCGCCGCCUGGGACACCGCCUCACGGGGGGCAGUCAACACCCCCUCCUCCCACACAGUGGACAGACGGUGACCGGUGUCCCCGUGUCCUGGAGGGGCCGGACUACCUGCCCGACGUCCCUGAUGACGUAGCCGACAGGUGGAAGCUCACCUGCAGGAUGUGCAGUUUACACAUGAACGACGAGAUAACCCAGCGUGCGCUGCCCACGCCGGAGGGCAUGCUGACGUACUCCGUACACCGCCAUGGUCACGUGCCCAUGCACGUCAUCCACACGCCAGAACCGUACUCAGACAAGACAGCCUUCACGGAACUGGACAACCACGCCAUCAAGACGCCCACCCACCUGAAUGCGGACUUCAGCCGGCUGGUGACCUACCUGGUGCAGCCGGCGCGCACGGAGCUGCAGAGGGCCCGGGUCCUGUUCCGCUGGGUCUCCGCACAGAACGUCAGCAACAUGCGCCUCCCCGACCAGCCGCAGGAAAACACUCCCGAAUGGUACCUCAAGCAGAUCCAGCAGAAAAAGACUUACCUGUAUCCUGUUCUCUUCCUAAACCUGUGCAGACAUGCAGGCCUAACGUGCAGCUACGUCCGUGGAUACGCCAAGAGCGCCCGACUCUUCCCCGGUACCAAGUACGUAGGGACCGAGCCGAUGGGCACGUGGACCGUGGUGCGCAUAGACGGGUGUUGGGGGUUCGUGGACUCUCACUGGGGAUCCUUUUCCGUCAUCGACGAUGACGACGACAAAGAGUUAGAAGAUCUGCAGUCUCAAAUCGCUAUUGACGAGUUCUACUUCCUUCCUAACCCUCUCCACUACCUGAGUUCACACUGCCCCAGCGAUCCGAGCUGGCAGCUCAUCGACAACCCCAUACCGCUUAGCGACUUUGAGGCCCACGUGAAAUGUAACCAGCGGUUCUUCGCACACAAGCUACGGCUGCUAAGUCACCACAACGGUCUUGUAGAGACAGUGGACGGCACAGUGGACCUCUACAUCGGAUAUCGACCAGAAGACGAGGACAUCCAGUUCUAUUAUAACCUGAAGACCAAGGAAGAACGGUCACGAUGGAGGGGAAUCAAACUGGACAGGUUCGUCACGCAACAGAGAAAGAAGGGCGCAGCCGUCUUCAACAUCACCCCUCCGGAGAAAGGAAGGUUUCUGUUCGAGCUCUUCUUUGGGCUGAAGGGACAAAGUUUCUAUCACUACGCGUGCGAGUACAUGAUCCUGUGUUCCCAGGCGUUGCCUCAGGAAGAAAACGACCCCAUACCGGCAUGGAAGGGCAUCUGGGGACCCGGGAAGAUGGUAGUGGAGAAAGGAAUGGUGGCAGUGUCUCACAAAUCUCCAUACGUACAGUGUCCGAACGGAAAAGCAGAGAUAGUCUUCUCCUCACCCGGAAAUCACAACUUUCUCGCGAAGCUGUACGAGACUUCGAUGGACGAAACGCACCUGAAGCGUUACGUGGCACACGAGAUCAUCGACGACCAAGUGAAGUUUUACGUCAACCUACCAAAAGCGGGCAAGCACGGUCUUGGUAUCUUCACGCAAGAAGGUAACGACGAGAAUGCGUACGCCCUGCUGUGUAACUACAUCACACAGUGCCAGGCAGAUGAAUCUUCUAUCAACGAGCAGCCUUUUCCAGCGGUGCCGAGAGGUCGCUUCGGUCCGGUCCUUCCCGACUUCCAAGAACUUGGUCUCUCCGCAGUCGGCAGCGCGUUCGUAGAGUGUGAAACGGGAGAACUUCAGUUGAGUCUGAAAGGCAGUCACGCGCUGACGUACAGCCACGAACUGUUCUGGGAGACGCUGAACGAGAAGGUGAACAUGAGCGAGUACGUCCAGAGACAAGUCGUGGACGGAAACGUGGAAUUCCUCCUCCGUCUUCCCCGUAUCGGGAUGUACCGUCUCGCCGUGUAUGCUCAGACAGCGGGAAGCACCGGCGCGCCAAGAAACGUCUACAACUACUGCAUCAAUUGUACGGGCACGCAACUUGAUGUAGAGCCUUUCCCAGCGGCCAGCGCUACUUUUGUGGAACCGGCACUGAGCCACGAGGACACAGAGGAACGGUUCAUCCAAUCAGAGCACGGUGACAUCAAAAUAGUCUUCGGCAAAGGAACACCAAAAGGCAUCGAGCACAAACUAAUCUGUCUUAUGGACGGCGAGGAAGUAGAUGUGUCUUCCUACGCCUUCAUCCAAGACAAUCCUGACAACGGAGAGGAAACCGUCGUGCACUUACGUCUUAAAGAAGCUGGCAAGUACAAGCUGUCGCUGUCCACCAAGGACCCAGACCAAGAAGGACGAACCACGUUUUCCAGUUACGUCAUCCAGACCACGAAGGGUAUGGAAGACUGUGUGGAGUUUCCGGAGAGGCUGCUCGGCUGGUGGAGUGACUACCAGAUGCACGAACCGCUGUCCCGUUUCCUCAAGGCGAAGGAGACCUUCACCUUCAAGGGCUGCUUUCCAAGGGCGUCAGAAGUCGCGGUGAUGCUGCCGACAUCAGAGUGGAUCCAGCUGAAGAAAGGGGAUGGCAAUGAGUGGGAGGAAGUGGUGACCAUGCCGGGGAACAAGUACGUUGGCCAGGCGGUCACCGUCAACGUGCUUCCCGAUACAGAAGACGGAGACUACACGGAGGUCUUGGGAUAUGUCGUGGAAAAAGGCGAAGACACGGGACACGAGGAGGAGGACCAGAUAACGCGUCUAGAAGAAGAAGACACGGAGGAAGACUUGUUUGAGGGACAGAUGGAAGAGUACCAGCUCGUCUUGAGACAGCACCGCCGGACCAUCGCGGAUGAGAUGAACCCGGAGAAGGUCAUCCCCAGGUUUGAGGAGAACAGGUUCAUUGAUGAGGAAGAGGCGCUGGAGCUGACUGAACAACUUCCUGACAACCCGAACGAGGUCAACAAGCAGCUGCUAAAUGUGGUGCAGAGAGAGGGAGAAGAUGCCUUCGUCACACUCCGUGACGUCAUGAAAGAAACGGGACAGGACAAAAUCAUGGAAGUCAUCGAGGAUGUGGUGAUUGUGGUACCCAACAAUAAAUAUGACAAGCUGCGGAAGAAGCUUGCUGAGGCGAUGCUCGCCAAGAACAAGGGGAGGCUGGAGCAGAUCAUGGCGGAGUGUCGCGAGCAGGGGAUGGACGAGGAGGACGAUGUCUUGAAGGAGGCACAGAGAACUCUGGACCUAAUCGAAGCCCGUCAAGGACUCAAAAAGGCCAUCAAAACACGGCACAGAGACCAACUCCAAGCUGCAGUCAAAGCCGCCAAACCGUUCAAGAACGAGCUCCGGAAGCACAUGAACGAAGCAGAAGAAAUCCUUGACAAGAUCAAACGUCUCGACAAGUUACGUCACGCCAUCAUGGCCAUGAACCAGGCGACCAUCGCGGAGAUCAAGACGUACAACAACCCUCCUCCUGCCGUCUACAAGGUCAUGAUGGCGACCUUCCUGUUGCUAGGCAACACCAUGGCACAGGUCAACGACUGGGUGUCCCUCCUAGCUCUGAUCGGUAAGACGGGACGGCAGAGCCUGAAGCGGCGGGUGAAGAACUGCGAGCCGGCUAACAUCUCAUCGGAGACCGCCGAGGAAGCCAAGCAGUGCCUGGGAGACCUCAGUCUGGAUGGCGUCCGGGACCAAAGUUCAGGAGCAGCUACCUUCUAUGUCUGGUCGGUGGGGACGAUCAGCGAGGUGGAGGAGAUGGCUCUUACCAAGCAAAAGGCAAACUCGAAAGCCACCGGGUGAUUUCUAUGUAAUACAGAAGCAAAUGUAUUAACUAUUACAACUAAGGGGACCUUUUGACCCCCUUUUGUAUUGCUUAUGGGAUUAAAUGAUGCCUGACACGGUGACAUGGUUGUAUAAUACCCGGAAUGGCAGUAUAUGAUAUGCUCUGAAUAGCGUAACCACGAAAACGUCACAUCUGUUAAGAAGGAAUGUUUUGGAAGUCUAGAAAUAACGCUUCGUGUGACCCUUUAUCCUUGCAAUAGAAAACACUGACAAAGACAUGAACCUGUUAGGUUUGUAUAUUUGAAUAUGUCACAUCUCUAGAAGUUUAACAAGAUUUGCGUUAUUUUCUCUUAAAUACGUAUCUGGCGAAAUGUAUAAAUGUUUGUGUGUACAAAGAAGCAUUAUUCUAAACACUGUGGGGCUGAAGUAAUCAGAAAAUGUGCGUAAAACGUGCUAAAGGGUAUACACGUGCCUUGAUCAACUCAAUGAAUACGAUCCAAUUGCGUUUUGUAUAAAAUGAUGUCAUGUGUAAGAUUUCUGUGUAAGAUGUAAAAGAAGGAGAUAUGGUACAGAAAUGCAGUAUGGCUUUCCGCUCCACGUUGGUAAGAAAUGGUUAUUUAAACGACAUGUUAUUCUCUCAAUACAAAUAAACGAGGCUUUUAUUAAGCUUAUCAGCAAAUA